AUGGUUUAUCUAUCUCAGUUAUUGCAGCAAAAAUCACAAUAUUUUGUUUCAUUUCCCUUAGCAAUCGGUUUCUUCGCAACAAUCUCAGUACUACUAACUCUCUGCGCCAAACAUGCAAGGAAAUCAAAAACCCUGCCGCCGCCGUUCAAUCCAUCGGCCGACGAGCCGAUGAUACCGCCGCGAUCGCCGCUGCGUUUUCCGAAGCAGUUGAUUUCGAGCAUAGGUGAUAAGGCUUUGCCGUUAAUAUAUCACCACCAUAACAACCGCCGCAAGAGCGAUAUAAAAGGAGGAGACGACGUGGAGAAAGGGAUGUCGGCGGCGGCGGCGGACGGCGGCGAAGGGUUGUGGCAGAAAGCGAUAUUGAUGGGAGAGAAAUGUCAGCCGCCGGAAUUUUCUGGAGCGAUUUAUUAUGAUUAUGAAGGAAAGAGGAUUUCAGAGAUGCCGAAAUCACCUAGGGCUAAUUUUAGGGUUAAUGGAAUAUUGUAG